AUGGCCAUGUACAAAUGUGAUACGUGUACCAGAGAUUUUACUCUGAAAAAAAAUUUACAAAGACACAUGAAGAACAAACACGACAUAACUUUAGCUUUUAUUUCAAAUAACGGCAUAACCACCAUUAAGGAAGCCAAUUACAAAUGUCCCAAGUGUCAAUUAACAUUUGUUGAGAGAAGUUCACUUAGACGACAUGAAAGGGUAAAACAUAAAAUGAACAUCACGCCCUCUUUAAGGAAAAAAAAAUCUAGUAAAUGCAUGACAUUUGAGCCCAGCAAUUUAGAAGAUUAUCCACUAUUAAAGAAAUUAGUACCUGAAGAUUAUGUUUACAAAGUGAGUAACAUACAAUAUUUGGAAAAUGACGGAUUAAGAUCAACAUUUGAAAUUGCUGAUUGCCCUGAGGAUAUAUUUUUUGGUUGGUUAUCUGAAGUGGAAGAAAAAUCUAAUGUCACCUACAGAGUUAAAUCGUUCACUAAGUCAUCGAGCCAAAAAAUUAUAUUUAAUAAAGUGUUUAGAUGCGUUCAUAAUACAUUUCCCCAUAAGUUAAAAAAAGCUCAUCCAAAGCACACGGGGUGUAUGGCCACAUUAACUGUAAGAAUAAAAAAAUGUAGUGAAGCUUUGACUGUUCAAAAUACACUGGCUGAUAAUAAUGUCAUUAUGAUUACUCUUAAAGCAAUUGUGACACUCUAUCAUAAUCAUAAUCAUGUGCUUAUAGAUAUAAUGAAACUAUACAGUAAAAAAGAGAAACUAGGAAAAAUACAGGAAAUACAAUGUAAUGAAACUUCUAUGGAGGAGAUUUAUACAACAGAAAACCAAUUAAAUGUAACACAUUUCGACCAGUUUAACAGUACACGGCAAAGCACUAAUUCGAGUAUUUCACAAGUAUAUUCCAAAAAUAAUGAAAUCAAUGAUAAUACAACAGAAGUGGUUACAAAUGUAUUUAUAUUAAAUGAAUCUGAAAAACAGCUUGUAGUUGAUGAAAAUGAAAAAAAUGAGCCAAUUGAAAAUGAUAAUUUUGAAUAUCCUGAAGAAUAUGAUAAAUACAUUUUGGUUGAAAAUAUAGAUACACCAAAUGUAUUAUGUGAUAAUAAUAAGAAUGAAUUAAACCAAUUAUUGUCUGAUUAUGAUACAAUUAAUAAAAGAAUGUUGAAACAGUUCGAAUCAAACCCAAGUUAUUUCAAGUCGGCGAUCAAACAUUAUACAUUAGCAAUGAAAAAUAGUUUGACUUCUAAAGAAUCUUUAUUGAAUGCACUGCUUUCAUUUGGAGAACAGUCUAAAGAAAAAGAUAAUUGA